CCCUGCAAGAUGCCAGCAGCCCUUGCAGAGAACAGCCAGGUUAUCUGUGAAGUAUGGGCAAACAAUCUGGAAGAAGAGAUGAGGAAAAUUCGAGAGAUUGUUCUAAGUUACAGCUACAUUGCCAUGGACACAGAGUUUCCUGGAGUUGUUGUGAGGCCAAUAGGUGAAUUCCGCAGCUCCAUUGACUAUCAGUACCAGCUCCUUCGCUGUAACGUUGACCUUCUGAAAAUUAUCCAGCUGGGCCUGACUUUCACAAAUGAGAAAGGGGAAUAUCCCUCUGGCAUCAACACCUGGCAGUUUAACUUCAAAUUCAACCUUACGGAGGACAUGUACUCUCAGGAUUCCAUAGACCUCCUAGCCAGCUCUGGGCUGCAGUUCCAGAAGCAUGAAGAGGAAGGGAUCGAUACCCUGCAUUUUGCUGAGUUGCUUAUGACAUCCGGGGUCGUCCUUAGUGACAGUGUGAAGUGGCUGUCCUUCCACAGUGGUUAUGACUUCGGCUACAUGGUGAAGUUGUUGACAGAUUCCAGGCUACCAGAAGAGGAACAUGAAUUUUUCCAUAUCUUGAACCUUUUCUUCCCAUCUAUCUAUGAUGUAAAAUACUUAAUGAAGAGCUGCAAAAACCUCAAGGGUGGCCUUCAGGAAGUGGCAGAUCAGCUGGAUUUGCAGCGAAUUGGACGACAACACCAGGCAGGAUCGGACUCUCUUCUCACGGGAAUGGCAUUCUUCAGAAUGAAAGAGUUGUUUUUUGAGGAUACAAUUGAUGAUGCAAAGUAUUGUGGGCGACUGUAUGGCCUUGGCACAGGAGUGGCUCAGAAACAAAAUGAAGAUGUGGACUCAGCCCAGGAGAAAAUGAGCAUUUUGGCUAUUAUCAACAACAUGCAGCCAUGAUACAAGCAGUACCCCUCAGCAGAAUGUGGUCACCAUAUUGGCAGCUGCUCUCCUCAACCAUUUUUCCCAAGUGUCUCCAAGAAAAGGCAUCUACAGAAUCCAGCCUGCACUUUUGCUGAAGAGCUGCAUCUUCAUUUGAAACCCAGAAGAAGAGAGCUGACUGAAUUUCCAAUGCCAGCAUUUGUGGUUUGCCAUCUUUUUAAUACCCAGGGCAAAAGACAGAACCUCCUGUGUAUACCUCUGUUUUUUCCUCUUUAUACUGUACAGAAUCUGCAAGGAAGACCUUAACAGUAGAAUAUUUAGUAGUGCUAAGGGUCUGGAAAUCCAGUGAAGAUGGACACAGACAUGCACACAAAUUUGUAAAUUGUGCUUUAUAAAGCUUAUUUUAAAACUUCUGCAUGUUGUGAGGGUGACUGCUUCACCUCAUGUUUGCUUAUUUUAUCUUUGUGUAGUCUGUGAAUAUUGCUCCCUUUGAUCACUGCAGAGGUUUGGGAAUGGAUGACAAUUAAAAAUGAUCCUUGCAGCUAAAAAUAUUCAGAGAUUUGCUUUAACAACAGUGGGAAUAGAUAUUACUGGAGCUGAUUAAGUUCUCCAUAGUUUCUAAUUCUGUUUGGUACAGGUUUGACCCAUACUGAGCCUCAGCUUAGUUCUUAUGGGUAUUAAUAAACUGUUCUGGAAAUAGACUAAGAGGCCUAAAAGUUCACCUUUGAUAGGGGACUGGACCAGUAUUCUGACUUCAGUUUUGCUUCAAUUUAACCUAUAAAUUUUAGUCUUCUUGCACCACAAGUAGUUCAGCAGAUGGGUAAAUAUUUGUUCCUCUUCUGCCCCCUGCCCCACUUCUCCAUACCUAAUUUUUACACGUGUAACAACAAAGCAGCUCCAUUUCUCUUCAUUAUAGACAUCUGAAAAGUAGUUGGAGGAUGGAAGAGCAACUUGGGCUUCUGACUUUUUAAAAAACGAGCUGUUCUAUAGUAUCCUUUUUUUCCCAACAGCUCUGUAAUGACAUUUCUUAA